ACGGGCCGAGAGCCCUGCCGUCCGUGCCGGAUCCCUGCCGCAAACCGAGUGGCCUGGGCGUCCCUGAUCCCUGUUGUGGUCGUUGUUUAUUCUACGAGCACGAAAUUCCUCCCCGCCCGCCCCUCCCUCCUCUGCUGUAACAUGCCUUAGUGAGGCCGCGCCCGCACUGCCCUGGGUGCUAGAGUUCGCGGGCAGCCGCCAUGGGGAAUGGGAUGAACAAGAUCCUGCCUGGCCUGUACAUCGGCAACUUCAAAGAUGCCAGAGAUACAGAGCAAUUGAGCAAGAACAAGGUGACACAUAUUCUGUCUGUCCACGAUAGUGCCAGGCCUAUGUUGGAGGGGGUUAAAUACCUGUGCAUUCCAGCCGCGGAUUCACCAUCUCAAAACCUGACAAGACAUUUCAAAGAGAGUAUUAAAUUCAUUCACGAGUGCCGACUCAGGGGUGAGGGCUGUCUUGUACACUGCCUGGCCGGCGUCUCCAGGAGCGUGACUCUGGUGAUCGCGUACAUCAUGACCGUCACCGACUUUGGUUGGGAAGACGCCCUGCACACUGUGCGUGCAGGGAGGUCCUGUGCCAACCCCAACCCGGGCUUCCAGAGGCAGCUCCAGGAGUUCGAGAAGCGUGAAGUCCACCAGUACCGGCAGUGGCUAAAGGAAGAAUAUGGAGAGAGCCCUUUGCAGGAUGUGGAAGAAGCCAAAAACAUUCUGGGAUUAGUAUCGCCACCUUUCCCUUCGUCCAAGACUCCGCAUGCGAGGCAUUUGAAGUUGACGUCCGAAAAGCUACUCAGCCAGAAGCAGCCUGUGCCUGUGAGCAGACAGUGAGGAGAACUCAGGAGGCUGAGCAGCUGAGAGCCGCGGCCUUCCCCAGAACCCAGGGUGGUCAUGGCAGGGGAGCAGGAGGCCAGGCUCCCACCUGAAGGUAGUUCCAGGGGCCCUGGAAGGAGGGGUGCUCUAAGCAUUGCCUCCGUCUUAAUGAAAGUGCCCCAGCCCAUGGCUCCCUGCUGCCUCAAGCCAAGGCCUCCUUUUCAGCCCAUCAUGCCCUCUCUUGGUGUUUGUUCUCUGUGGCACUGGCUGCAUUUUGGUUCCACGGGGAGCACUGCCUCUUCAGCCAAAGCUAUGUGCCCAGAGCACUCUUCCUUCCCCCUCCUGUCCCGCUUCACUGCUCUAGCCUCCCACUGUUGUCAUUCUGCAGGCGUGUCUUGGCAGGGUUUGCAUGCACCCUCAGGAGCUGGGAAGAAAGAGCGUUUAUUAGGCACUGUAGCAGUUUGCAUUAAAGAUACAUUUAAAAAUGCCUGAGCACUCAUCAAGCACCUUUGUGUAUGCUGUGGAUUUCAUAUUUGAUCUCAGCUACCUCAUUAAAUAUUUUUUGGAAAGGUAUU